GACUGAAACGCGCAUGACGUCACAGCCAUACCUGAGUUUCGAGAAGGGGAGGGUCAAGUUAGCAAGUGAAGCUGUGAGGGGGAAAAACACAAUUUCUGGCCCAACUGUUUUUGACAAGAGAAAUAAGUAAUACACUCUGUAAUGGUGUAUGUUGGAUGUACGUGCGUUUGGUAACCCGAAAUACUAGAUUUAAGAAGGAUUAAUAAUUUACUAAGGAUUGAGUGGUGGCCCUAGUUUUGUGGCUGAAGAGGUAACUACUUCCUGGUAUACCGUGACUGCAGGCUGUGCAGCUGAUGGCGGUCCACCCACGGCGAGUUCGGCUCAAGCCCUGGUUAGUGGCCCAGGUGGACAGCGGGCAGCAUCCGGGCCUGGUGUGGCUUGACCGCGAGGCCAAACGCUUCCAGAUCCCCUGGAAACACGCCACCCGCCACACGCCCCAGCAGGAGGAGGAGAACACCAUAUUCAAGGCCUGGGCGGUGGAGACUGGAAAGUUCCAGGAAGGUGUGGACGAGCCCGACCCGGCCAAGUGGAAGGCCCAGCUGCGCUGUGCCCUCAACAAGAGCCGCGAGUUCAACCUCAUCUACGACGGCACCAAAGUAGUGCCCAUGAACCCGCUCAAGAUCUACCAAGUCUGCGACAUCCCACAGCCUCUCAGCAACCCAGGGUCCACAGGGUCUGUGCCAUGGGAGGAUAAUGAUGCAGACUUGGAGGAUGAAGAAGAGGUCCAUGAGCCGCUCCCCCCAUACCAACCCAAAGCUCCAGAGCCCUCUCCUCUCUCCACUGUGUGGUCCCCCGCUGGCUCCGUCUCCCCCCUGCAGCCCCCCAGCUGCCCCCCAGCCGAGGUGUGGCCUAAAGAGGAGCCCAUCGAUGUGGACAUGCACGCGCCAGGCCUGCCUGAGCCCAUGCUCUCCAGCCCCGAGAUGUGGAUCAGCUCCCUGCCCAUGACCGACCUGGAGGUGCAGUUCCAGUACCGGGGGAAGGAGGUGUGCCCCACCGUGACAGUGAGCAACCCCCUGGGCUGCCGGCUGUUCUACGGAGACCUGGGCCCCAUGGUGAACCAGGAGGAGCUGUUCGGCCCCAUCAGCCUGGAGCAGCUGCGCUUCCCCCCCACGGAGCACAUCACCAACGAGAAGCAGCGCCUCUUCACCAACCGGCUGCUGGACGUCAUGGACCGCGGCCUCAUCCUGGAGGUCAGCGGCCACGACAUCUACGCGGUGCGCCUCUGCCAGUGCAAGGUGUACUGGUCCGGGCCCUGCGCCCCCAACCCCGCCGCCCCCAACCUCAUCGAGCGGCAGAGGAGGGUCAAGCUCUUCUCCCUGGAGUCCUUCCUGAGCGAUGUGAUCGCCCAUCAGAGAGGCCAGUCUGAGCGCCCGCCGCACUUUGAGAUCAACCUGUGCUUCGGCGAGGAGUGGCCCGACGGCCGGCCUCUGGAGCGGAAGCUCAUCAUGGUGCAGGUGAUUCCCGUGGUGGCGCGGAUGAUCACGGAGAUGUUCUCGGGCGACUGCAUGCGCUCCUUCGACAGCAGCAGCGUGCGUCUGCAGAUCUCCAUCCCCGACAUUAAGGACAACAUUGUCACCCACCUCAAACAGCUGUACCGCCUGCUACAGACCCACCAGGGCCACGAGGGCUGGCCCCUGGCACCAGGGGCCAACCUCCACCUGCCUCCUGCCCUGCAUGCGCAGUGACCUGGCCCCCUGUUCACUCCCCGGCACCGCCGAUGAGAAGAGAACCGGGCUCUACUGGAGGGAAGCAGAGCUGGGCUCGAUCCAGUCUGGUUGCAGGGCCUGUUUGUGGUUAACAGACUCUGAAGCUGAAUACCAAAAACCAAAAAACUUUCCUUCUUCCUUAAGACUCGUACUAGCAACAAUUACCCUAGCAAUCAUAGCCUUUUUAUGUCCUCCGCUUCCACUUAAACUCACUGAAAUGUGGUCGAUCCGAUCGUUUGGGGAUAAUUUACCGACAUGCAACGGGGAAAUUCAUCAUCUUCAGAGUCACUGCUAACCUGAGAGGUGCAGAGAUGUCUGAGGUGGUACCGUAUAUACACACCAAGAGAGAAUGAAUGUCCCACUAUAAACUAUUUUGACAGGGGGGCAAUUCUCUGGUAGCCAAUUUAUUAGUAGGCCCCAUAAAUUAACCAAUGUAACUAACUUAUCCCAGUAAUCCUCAGACAUGCUUGUCACUGCUAUUUUACUUGUCAAUUUAAGUGAAGUGAAGAAUGAAAUGCAGGUCUAGGGAGUGUAAUUCCUGCUUUUAGGGAAAUGUGCGGUCGGGAGGAUUUAUUUUUGACCACUCAUUUUUUUUGGAGUGUGCCUGUGCUGUACUUUUUGGUGUCAGAGGGACAGCAGUUGAUUUACCUGAAUGAUCAGAAGGGCAAUGGUACACUUGCCUGCAAUUUUUAAUAUAUGAAGUACAUUUUUAAAAACAACAUUAUUGUUAAAGUACAUAUCUUUUAGGAUGUAGUGGGAUAUGUGACUUCACAGUAAUUUGAGCAAGGUCACCUUCAUGCAACUGCAAAAUAGGUCUGUAGAGUAUAUUUAUAUGCCCUUUUACUAAAGCAUUGCUCAUAGGACUAAAUUAAAUUGUGCAAAACUACACUUCCAGUGUUUCCAGAAAUGUAAUUUUGUAUUUACCAUCUGUAUAAAAAUGAGGGUACAUCUGAGAGGUGGAACAACGUCCGUCCUAGUAUUCCACAGUUCUGCACAGGCGGUAGUUGAAAUGCAAGCAAUUAGUUCACUGUCUUAACUGAACCUUGAGCACUGAGUCUCACUAGAAGACCACUGUGGGGCUCAACUUAUCAUUCCCUGAAGUAAAGGACGUGGCAAAAACAUGGAAAUGUAAGUAUGUGUACAUAUACUGAGCACUGCACAUCCUGUACUGUAGUGGUAGAACAUUUAAUGCUCAGGUAGUAUUCUUAUUCAUAUUGUAAUUUGCUAACUUGGUAUAAAAUCAUUGAAUAUUCUGUUGGGAGAAUGUGUAUGGCUUAUAGCGUCUCUUGGUGAAUGGUUUUUUAAUGCGUAGAUGUGGAUUUCUGAACCCAUGUAACAGAAUAUAAUUUUGUCCUAAUAUUUUGGGAGCACAUACA